CCGAAAACGUGCAUCAUAAACGAAGAUUUGUAUAAGUGAAAGUUCUGCCUGGUGCGCGCCUUUUGCCUGCUAAUAUUAUUUGAAUCCUCACAUAUUCAAUGAUAUAAGCGGAUGAUGUCUUACAGAGUGUAUUUUGGCAGAUUACCGGAGGCCCUGACACAAGAUGAAUUUGAAAAGCUCAUAGCUGAGUUUGGUAAGGUCUCUGACAGAGGUGAUUAUGGCCUAGCGUUUAUGAAUUGGUCAACUGUACGCAAUGGAUGACAGUAGAGCAAUUGUCGUUUUAAAUCCUCCAUCAGGAGUAGGUGAAGUUGAAUUCACGAUCCACUUUCAGAAGAAAAAAAAUGGUGGAGGUUACGUUGAUGAGGUUAAACUGAAGAAAGGUGUUGCUUUUGUAAUCUUCGACUCUUCGGAAGAUUCUUUAAAAGUCUUAAAUCAUCCUCAAAAACAAAUAAUUAAGGGUUGUGAACUUGAUGUUCGGUCAUACAGUUCAUGGUUGAAAACUUCUCAGGAAAAUGAAAACAGUGCCUCGGGCAACAAUGACGACGUUCAUUCAGUUUCGACAGAAGAUGAUAAACAGAAAGCCACGAUCUAUGUCAGCGGUCUUAAAGAGUCCUGCACUGAGGAAUUGAUCACGUUAUUGUUUGAAAAUAAACGAAAGUGUAGUGAAGGCUAUCUUCGUGAUGGGAAAGAAGGAUUUGAGCGAUUGUCACCAACCGUCGCUCGUUUAACUUACGUUUCCCAAAAAGACGCUGAGAACGUGCUGAAAAGGGCCAGAGAAAAGCUCCUUGUACUCAAUGGGUGUCCUGUACAAGUUACUGCUGACUAUAUACCGUCUGAGGAUCGAAGUAUAUUGAUGGUCACAAAUCUCAGUCCUGAUACAAACGUGGAAACGUUGAAGAACUUCGUUGAAAUAAAGAAACAAACAGAUGUGAUUAAAAUCAUUCUUGGAAAACAUGGAAAAUCUGUUAUCAUACUUCACGAAGAGAUUAAAGGUAUUUUUAGGUUGACGAGAAAAUGUUAAAUCAAACUUGGACGUCUUU